AUGGAAAGCCCACAGAUAAACUUCCCUCUAGGUCUGGUCUCAGACCAAAAAAGGAGCAGGAUCCAAGAGGAUGGGAGUCCUCCACUGAAAAAAGCAAUGACAGAAAUGCAUGUAAAUAACAAAGUACAGGUAGUAAUAAAUAAGUUGCCAACAAUAAAGAAGGAAAACCUGGAUGACUAUGGCGAAACUCCGGUGGAGGCUGAUGGGGAAACCACCAAGGCAAACAGUGCUUCACUAUCUGAGCCUUUGAGUUUAAAUCCAGGUUUGAAGCACACGUUGGCACAGUUCCACCUAAGCAGCCAGAGUUCGCUGGGUGGACCUGCAGCUUUUUCAGCUCGGUAUUCCCAGGAGAGUAUGUCACCCACUGUCUUCCUGCCUCUCCCAUCACCACAAAUCCUCUCUGGUCCGCUGCUCAUCCCUCCAGACAGCUCUACAGAACUCACGCAGACCCUGCUGGAGGGGGAAUCCAUCUCUUGUUUCAAAGUCGGAGGGGAAAAAAGACUUUGCCUGCCUCAAGUGUUGAAUUCGGUUCUCCGAGACUUCUCCUUGCAGCAGAUCAACACGGUGUGUGAUGAGCUGUACAUCUACUGCUCCAGGUGCACUUCUGACCAGCUUCACAUUCUGAAGGUUUUGGGAAUUCUUCCGUUCAACGCUCCGUCCUGCGGGCUCAUCACGCUGACGGACGCUCAGAGACUAUGCAACGCUUUACUGCGCCCUCGCACUUUUCCCCAAAGUGGCAGCUUCCUCCCUGGUAAGAACACCUUGGCCCAGCUGAAAGAGACUGGCAGUGCCUUUGAAGUAGAGCACGAAUGCCUGGGGAAGUGCCAGGGGUUGUUUGCACCUCAGUUCUACCUUGCCCCGGAUGAUCCCUGUAUCCAGUGCUUGGAAUGCUACGGGAUGUUCUCACCCCAGACCUUCGUGAUGCAUUCACACAGAUCCCCUGACAAGAGGACCUGCCACUGGGGGUUUGAGUCGGCCAAGUGGCACUGCUACCUGCACAUUAACCAAAAAUACCUGGGCACGUCUGAGGAGAGAGAGCUGAAGCAUCUCUUGGAGGAAAUGAAGGAGAAAUUCAGUGAGAAAAAUCAGAAAAGAACUCGGUCCAAAGUAAGUUCACCUGGUAACCUGGAAUUAUCGCAGUGGUAUCCAGUUAUAAAGCAAGAAGCAGAAACUGAUCCUCAACCACCUUCCUUUUUCCACCCCAGUUACUACCUUUAUAUGUGUGAUAAAGUGGUUGCCCCGAAUGUGUCUCUUGCAUCUCAAUAUAAGGAUGUUGCAAAAACAUCAGUAAAAGCUUCAGAAGUCAAUAAAUCCUCACCUGGGCAGUCAGAGAAGAAGCUCAGUAGUGGAAAGCACAAAAAAGCUGCCUCCUAUCCAGAGCUUUCUCUUGAAGAGCAGGAAAAAAUUGACUUGAAAACUGGGGUGGAGCAGCCAAAUAAACGUUUAGAUCCUCCCGUGUCAACUCGUGCUGCGAGAGGUGCAAAGUGUGAGCGCGUUUCUUCCAAAAUCACCAGGGACUCUGGCCGUGCUGAGGGAGGUGCUGAUGCACCAACCUUGUCCCCCACACUCAUGAAGGACAUCAGCUGUGAGGAUGACAAGGGAAGGAUCAUGGAAGAAGUCAUGAAAACCUACAUCAAGCAGCAGGAGAAGCUGAACACGAUUUUGCGGAGGAAGCAGCAGCUCCAAAUGGAAGUGGAAAUGUUAAGCAACUCUAAAGCUAUGAAGGAAUUGACUGAAGAGCAGCAGAAUUUACAAAAAGAACUCGAAUGUUUGCAAGCAGAGCAUGCACAAAGAAUGGAGGAAUUUUAUUUUGAGCAGAGAGACUUGGAGAAGAAACUGGACCAAGUGAUGAAGCAAAAAUGUAGCUGUGACUCCAAUUUGGAAAAAGAUAAAGAAGCUGAAUAUGCAGCACAGCUGGCAGAGCUGAGGCAGAGGUUGGAUCAUGCAGAGGCAGAUAGACAAGAGCUUCAGGAUGAACUGAGACAGGAACGAGAGGCUCGGGAAAAGCUGGAGAUGAUGAUAAAGGAAUUGAAGCUACAGAUCCUGAAAUCUUCCAAAAACGGGAAAGGAAAAUAGAAAUUGGAAGAGGAAGCAUGACUGUGUCCUUCAAACAGGGUGUUUUGGUUUUAAUGAUUGUGAACAAUUUUUGUGUGCUGAGAAAAAGUGUUCUCUCUGGAUUUCUAUUUCCAGACAGGUCCAGAUGAACAUAUACAUAGAUAUAAAUAAAUAGAGAUAGACAUUUUUAGAUUUUCCUAGCCAAUGAAAAUCUGCAUUGAUUUGUACUGGUGUUUUUCUCAAACGAUGAAAAAUACGAAACUCUUGAUUUAGAGUGACCAGUUUCUGUCUAUUUCUAAUGCAGUCUUAAGGACUCUACACCUUUUAACAUUGUCUGUUAAAACAUGUGUGGGUAUCUUUAUUUUGCUAUCAAUUGCACAUCCAGUUAUAAAAGUACAUUAAAAAUAUCCUCAAUUCUUCAAGGUCUUAAAUAGUUUGGGUUUCAGUGAGAAUUAAAUAUUCUUGAACUGAGGAAAGUAAAGGCAGCUUUUUGUCUGUAAGACAGAGCUCAAAAUUGCCACAACUGAUUGAUGAUUGAGUAUCAAAAGUGAUUUACCAGCAUGAGUUUUUCCCAUAAUUUCAUUGUGUGAAGUCAGCUGAUCUUUUCAGUAUUGUCUAUUUAACAACUCAUUAUCAGUCUAAGGAGUGUUAGAGCCAGCACUUGCUUGCUCUGCUGGAAAACAUUAGGGGUUGGUUUUUUGUUUUGUUUUGGUUUUGUGAAUUAAAAAAAUUGCAGUUACAGUGGAAUCUUGAGAAGUUAAAAAUUCACAAGUUUUCUUCUGUUGUUUUCUGUCUAGUACAUAUGAAAGAAACAUUAUUAAAAGGCUUAAAGGUGGGGCUUUUCCUUUUAGAAACUGAGAAAGCUUGACUUAACUGUUUUUCAGAUAUUAACGCUUUCAAGAAAAAGAAUAUUUAUUAUAAAGAAAUAUGUAUUAAUUUCUUCAGUACCCUAAGCCUCCACACUUGGAGCUUCUUGCCAACUAGUGGAUUUUUCUUUCAUCACAUAGA